GGGGAGCGGUGGUCGGGGCCAGCCGGGAGUUGCUCUGUGGCUGUUCGCAAGGGCCGGAGACGGCGGCGGCGGCGGCGCCGCGGGGUCACCAUGUCGUUCCGGGAUCUCAGGAAUUUUACUGAGAUGAUGAGGGCUCUGGGAUAUCCCCGACUCAUCUCUAUGGAGAAUUUCCGCACUCCAAACUUCAUGCUGGUUUCAGAGAUGCUUCUUUGGCUGUGCAGAAGAUAUGAACCUCAGACUGAUGUCCCUUCUGAUGUUGAGACAGAGCAGGACCGGGUUUUCUUCAUUAAGGCAGUAGCUCAGUUUAUGGCUACCAAAGCUCAUAUAAAGCUCAACACAAAGAAGCUUUACCAAGCAGAUGGCUAUGCAGUGAAGGAGCUGUUAAAAAUAACUUCUGUGCUUUACAAUGCCAUGAAAACCAAAGGGAUGGAGACCACCUCAGUGUCCGAGGAAGAAAGCAGCAAAUUCAAGUUUGACCUUGGCUCAAAAAUUGCUGAUUUGAAGGCAGCCAGGCAGCUUGCUUCAGAAAUCACAUCCAGAGGAGCAUCUCUGUAUGAUUUACUUGGCAAAGAGGUGGAGUUGAGGGAAUUGAGAACGGAAUCCAUUGCGAGACCUCUGGAGAUAAAUGAGACUGAAAAGGUGAUGAAAAUUGCCAUCAAAGAUGUUCUGGAACAAGUCCAGAAGACUAAGGACAUGUUGAAUAACGUGGCCUCGGAUGAAGCCAACUUGGAAGCCAAGAUUGAAAAGAGAAAACUGGAACUGGAAAGAAACCAGAAGCGACUGCAGACCCUACAGAGUGUCCGACCAGCCUUUAUGGAUGAGUAUGAGAAGAUCGAGGAGGAGCUGCAGAAACAGUAUAGCAGUUAUCUUGAAAAAUUCCGUAAUCUGGCCUAUCUGGAGCAGCAACUGGAUGAUCAUCACAGAGUAGAGGAGGAGAGGUUUGAGGAAACAGAAAACACACUACGCCUGAUGCAGAACAGGCUGAAGGAGGAGGAAAAACGCCUGCUCAAGAGUGGAAGUAACGAUGAUUCAGACAUAGAGAUCCAAGAGGACGAGGGAUCUGAUAGUGAAGAAGAAGACAGGCAGCUAAUAAAGCAGCGCACGGCCAUGGAGAUCCUGAUGCAAGGGAGACCCAACAAACGGAUCGUGGGGACGAUGCAAGGUGGAGAGACAGAGGAUGAUGAGGAGUCGGAGGAUAGUGAGAUUGACCUGGACGAUGAUGAAGAUGAUGAUGAGGAUGACCUUGAAGAUGACAGCAUGGAAAUCUCUCCCAGCAAGGCCAAUCGCCGGGCCAGGAAGCCAGAGCCACUGGAAGAGAGUGAUAAUGACUUCUGACUCUCCUUCCGAGGUGGAACCACUUAACAUCUCGAGAUGGAAACUUCAGCCAGCGAAAGGGUUGGGAAUGUAACACACACUGCUGUGCCUAGAGGUAUUUUAUAUAGGAAGGAAAUUUGGAGUCAGUAAAUAAUAAAGCUAUGUUCACAGUGACAGUUAAACGUUAAUUGCCAAUCUCCUUCCCUGCUCAUCUUUCCCAAAAUGUGACUCAUUCUGAUGAUAAUUAAAAGUGACAUGAUAUUAAAUACUUGUUUCCUUAACCUGUUGGAAAGUGGGAUUAUAUCUGAGCAUUAGAACUGGAGUUCCACAUUGCAUGAUGCCAAAGGUUUGAAAACCGCUACCAGAUGGUGGUUUAGGCCUUGUCUACACACAAACCGGUACCAGUGUAACUAAUACUGGUUACAACUGACGCAAAACUCUUGUGUGGGUACAUUUCAAUUGAUUUAAACCUGCUUUGUAUUGAUUUAGCCAAAACUGAUUCCUUACCAAAUUAAGAGCUUGUUCCCACACAGAAGUUUCACCAGUUUAACUACAGGUGUGAUAUUAAACUGAUAGAGGUAAGCCGUUGCAGAACAGUGUGUGGAUGCUGUUAUACUGGCAUAAACCCAUUUUAUAUCAGUAAUUUAACUUAAAUCUCUCAGGAAGAGGGUUAAGCAAAACUGCAGUAACCCACUCUUGAGCCACCAUCACAGGGCUUUGCAGCAGUUGAAUUAAAUCAGCAUAAGCAUCAACCCUUUAGUUAAAGUCCUGAGCCUGUACAUAGACCAGGCCGCAGUCUCUUGCAACGAGUGCAGUUAAAUAAGUCCAAAGCUUGUCUAGCUGCCAUGGGUUUGCCAUUGCAAGGCGUGCCUUACAGGACCUUCCUUCUUUGGAUGUCUUUUGCAUGAUACCUCCCGAUAUGACAACUGGGUAGAGAUUCUCUUCCAUAAACAAGCCUAAAAAGUCACAGAAGUCUAUUCUGCUGUCCUCCUGCAUGCUAUACAAGCUGUUUUGUUUAUGUAGAUCCCCGUGUUUCAGAAAUAAAUGUAUUUUCUGCAUUGA